AUGGCGGAUACUGUACUAGAAGCAGGCCGGCCGCCAGAAAAGCUGGUGGGGUAUCCUACUUUCGCGGACUUCAUUGCCAGAGACAAAGAUGCCGCCAUUUAUCGAAAAUUUGAGUCUUUGAGUGCUCGAAACCUUUUAUACCAACAAAGUGAACUACAAGAGCUUGAAGGACAACUUGAGAACCUAGAUCGCGAGGAUAGUAAAAAUAUCGAUGACCAGGAAGCUCGCCAGGCUGCUGUGAGUUGGGAACACUUUGCGAAGAAUACGAAUGUAAGGGCGCGAAAGCGAAGAGGGUUGCAGUCCAAGAUUAGGAUGAAGCUGAAACAAUAUCACGAAGCGUUGCUUCGCGAGAAUCAAGUUCUCGCGUUGAGUACCCCACGGAAACGCGUCUUGAGAGACUUUCGUAGAUCUUUCAAACCUGGCAAUAUUCCAAGCCUCUGGGGCCGAGAUGAACAGCUCUUUGAUGAUGAACGCGAUUUGGUGGCAUUGGCGCCAAUUGAUACCGACCGGUUGAAUCUUUUCCUGAAGAGUUACUUUGGAUUUCUAUUCAAGGAAAGAGACAUUAGAACGAAGCCCAACGCCGACGGGCUAUACUAUUUCCCAGAGCGUCGAGUACAGUACGCCGGCCUCGUGAUAACGACGAUCCUGAGCGCGAUUCUCCUCAUUGGCGCUAUCGUAUGCCUCCUCUACACAUCUGAAAAGAGCCUAGGUCUUUGCGUUGGGAUGCUCGUUUUGUUCACCUGUCUUUUUGCUGCCGUCGUCGGCCUUCUCACCAAUGCUAAACGCGCAGAGAUCUUCAUGUCGACAGCUGCUUACGCUGCAGUUUUGGUAGUCUUCAUUGGCAAUAUUAAUGUUACUCAAGGCACCUAUCAUGAUGGAUGA